AUGUCGGGAGAGCAGCAACAGUCUCAGGCUGGUGACACUACCGACCCAUCAAUGGACCAGCCCCAGACUGAUUACCAGGCACGUGCGAACGACGAUGAAAACACACCGGACACCACGUACGCCAACAUACCAGACGGCGCGUAUCCGGGUGGAGCGAGCGGCCUCCGGGGUGUUUGUGGCUUCCUCCGCGCCCGCCGCAUCUGCCUGGCCGCCGGAAUCGCCGUGCUCCUGAGCCUAGGCGCCUUGGGAAUCGCCCCUCUGACGUUCAGCAACAAACAGCAAGCAUCUUGUCCUCAAGGUUACACAAUCUGGUGUGGAACCUGCUACAAGGCCUUCAACACAUCCACGUCCUUCAGCGAAGCGGGCGCGGCCUGUCGUGCAGACGGCGGCAUCCUCGCCAUGCCCCGAGACGCUGGCACCAACGCCUUCCUCGUCUCCCUGUACAAGUCCGUGAGCGACGAUCGGGACUUCUGGAUCGGCCUGCACGAUCAGCGCGAAGAGGGAAGGUUUGAGUGGGUGGACGGUUCUGCACUUGGGUCGUACACCUCCUGGGGUCCGGGAGAACCGAACCACCUAUUGAACGAAGAUUGCGUCGCUUACACCGCAAUCCCUCACAUGAAAGACAAGUGGAACGACGAUAACUGCUACGGUCAGAAGCACUUCAUAUGCCAGGCUAUUCCAGAAUAUCCAUAG